AUGGCUACGACAAACAACGAACAGCUCUGCUCGAGCGGCUUUAAGCGCAUCCUUUUACGUCUAGACGAGAGCACACGUCGCAAAUAUUGUUGUCGAGCAGUAGAGGAAGAUCUUCAGCAUAUGAAGAAUCAGAUGCAAGCAUGUGAAGCCGCCAUGGCCGAGGUAAAGCAGGUACAGGACGCGACGCUUAAACUGGCCGCGAAUCAACGUGCUGCAGUGUCGAGCGAACUUUUGGGCAAUUUAGAAACGCUACAGCUACAAUUAGAAAUGUCUCUAAAUAAGGUGUUUCAGCCACAUAAUGAGGCUUUAAAUCUGUCAAAAGUGGAUAAAACUGAAGCCACGACAAUAUCCAAAGCCUCGGACGAUGAUAUUGUGAUGAAAACUCAACAAGCCAAGAAACUUUCACGGCAACUUCUGGAGACUCAAGAACUGGAAACUGUCGUGACUGGAAUCAGACACUUGCAACGGCUGAUGCCCGUUCUAAAAAAGGUGGACGAGAGAAAGAAAACGAGGUGGAAGAAAUAUGUGCUAAAAGUUGUAGCUCAUGCAGUUGAAUUGCUGAAAGGUGAAGACCGAGAGAGUAAAUGGGUACUACAACUAGAAAAAACGCUCAAGAAAAUUGAGAAUAAGGAUCCAGAGCUCAAGAUGUGGCAUUCUAACAUGCAAGCGCAGAUUGCUGCUAAUGUAAAGUCGGGGUCUGUAUCAACAGUAAAGAGAAAAAAGAAACGGACAAUUGCGCUGCCGGAUGAUGGCGAGACGACUACAAUAAGUAGUACUCUGUCUACUGAAGAACCGAAAGCUCAAUGUGGUAGCAAUGAGAAGAAAAAGAAGGAACAGAAUAUCGAUAAGACUCGAGCUCUGCUGCAACGCUGCUACCGUGAGGUGCGCACGCUGCGUGAUAAAUUCGAGCUAGGGGCAUACGACGUGAACCUAAGUCGUAUGGUGACAAUUGUGGACUCACUGUGGUCGGAUUUCGAGCAUUCAGAAGUUCUUUUACUGACAACGGCGUUGUUCACGCUGGUGGAGACUGUGGAGAAAGUAGUAAAUCAGACCAAGCGCCGAGACCGUCUGGUGUGCCUCACAAGCGUGUUGGGUGUCGUGCUGAGCUCUUCGAAGCUGCAAUUGACAACACGGCGAAAAAUCAUGGUCGAAGAAUACGCCAACAAUUGUCGUCAAUCCCUAGAGCAUUUGCAUUGCUCGGCAGAAAGUGUUGUUGACCCACCUGCUACUAUCAACGGCACUGAACAAGCUGCUGCACAGAGGCCGAUUCCAGCAAUUACAAGCAACCCUGCUCCGAAAGCAAAGGGAACUGCUAGUUCGGAAGUAUGGCCUAAAUCGCAUGUACGUUUCGGCUAG